AUGAUCCUUAGGAGUAAGACAUUUGCUGCUGGCUCAGCGCUGGUCGCUGUUGCACACGCUGCGCAGCCUGGAGCCAUGGCACCAGUUCCAAGUCCCAUGAGGAACCUCACUUGGGGUCAGAUCAACUUUAUCCACACAACCGACACACAUGGCUGGAUUGGCGGUCAUUUCCAAGAGCCUCAAUACUCGGCAGACUGGGGCGACUACAUCUCCUUCACCAAGCAUAUGCGCCAGCAAGCCGAUGAUGCAGGAGCCGAUGUCCUAGUCAUUGAUACCGGCGAUCGCGUCGAAGGAAACGGCUUAUACGACGCGUCUACUCCUAAGGGACUUUUCCAAUAUGACAUCUACGCCGAAGCCGACGUCGACAUUAUCUGCACCGGCAACCAUGAGCUUUACAAGGCCUACUCAGCUGACAUGGAACACAACACCACUGUUCCUAACUAUAAGGGGAAAUAUCUUGCUUCCAAUCUUGAUUAUAUCGAUCCCAAAACUGGGGAUCGCGUUCCCCAAGCUCAGCGUUACCGAAAGUUCAAAACGAAGAACCAAGGCCUCGAGAUUGUGGCCUUCGGCUUCCUUUUUGACUUUACAGGAAACGCCAACAACACAGUAGUUCAACCUGUGGAAGACACCAUUAAAGAAGAUUGGUUCCAGAAGGCUAUCCGAGAGAAGCCUGAUCUCUUUGUCGUGAUAGGUCACGUCGGCCUUCGCAUGCAGGAGUUCAAGGUCAUCUAUACUGCCAUUCGUAAACAGAACUGGCAUAUUCCCAUUGCCUUCUUUGGUGGCCAUGCGCAUGUUCGCGAUGCUGUCAAGUACGAUUCCCAAGCUUUUGCUAUGGCUAGUGGUCGAUAUUUUGAGACAAUCGGAUGGAUGUCCAUCGAUGGCAUCAGUAAGAGUAGCAACAAGGAAGUCGAGACUGCAGCUUCCACUACCUUUACUCGCCGAUAUAUCGACAACAACCUUUAUGGUCUACACUACCAUACCGGUCUAAACGCUACUACGUUCCCUACCACAGACGGUAAAAGGGUCAGUCAGAUGAUCACACGUGCCCGCAAGGCCCUUCAACUCGAUUACAAAUUUGGCUGUGCACCCAAGACUCUAUGGAUGACCCGAACUAAGCAUACGGCCGAGGACAGCAUUUACUAUUGGAUCGCUAAACAGGUCUUGCCUGAUAUCAUCACUCGCAAGGAUCGCAAGAACAAGGCCACAUUAGCACUUUUCAACACCGGCGGUAUUCGAUUCGAUAUCUUCAAGGGCGGUUUUACAAGAGAUAGCACUUUUGCUGUGAGCCCUUUCACCAGUGGUUUCAAGUACAUUCCCGAUGUUCCAUAUAAGGCGGCUUCCAAGGUCAUAGACCUUCUCAACAGCGGAGGAAGGAUCUUCGCAGAGAAUGGAGCCGACGUCAAAUUCAUGGCCUCACCAGAGCACAUGUUCCCUGCUCCUGCCAUGAAGGCUCAAUUUGAGAAGAAUAUGGCUGAAGAAGAAGAGCCGCGCCUUGAGCUCAGGAGUUUUCUCGACAAGCCUGGCUUGACCGCCGGAUACACCACUAAAGAUGACAUUGGAACAGAUGGCGACGACACCAUUCACGAGCCUAUCAAAACGUAUCAGCAACCCAACUGUAUCCAGGCCGAGAUUGCCAUGCCCAAGGACGGCGAACCUGAAACGGUCGACUUCGUCUUCCUUGACUUUCUCCAGCCCUGGGUUAUUCCGGCUCUCAAGCUAGCAGGAGCAGGCGACUACAGCGAUGCUAAUGUUGAGCGGUACAUCCAAGGGUCCUUUACUUACUAUCUGUCGGAUUGGAUUGCCAAGAACUGGCAGGGCGAGUGUUAG